AGCUCUUACAAUGGAUAACACACUGCAUGACCAUCAAGAUGAUUCCAGCACCUGGAAUGACAAAAAGAAAGGAAGAGAAGAGACAAUCAAAAACCAAGGACAACAUCAGGAUCAAACCUUGCCAAACAUUUCUCCUCAAGGGCGUGUGCGGCUCUAUUCGGAGUCUCAGGUGUAUACGGUGAGCCGCUGGCAGGAAGCAGAGCCCCAGGAUGGAGCAUUGGUGGAGGAGAACGGAGGAACGGGAGAUGGACUUCCAUUCAGAGGUCGUUCUCAGUCUGCUCCUGCUGCUCUGUGGAAAGCAAAGAAGUACGGGCGACAGCUGAGGAGAAUGAGCGAUGAAUUUGACACAUGGCUCGACAAAGGGGAGGUCAAAAGAGCGAACAGCCAGAAACAGACCUACCGAGGAUGGUUCUCGUUCCUCUGGAGUUCCAAAGAAGAGGAGGGCAGAGAAUGAAGUAGCCAUGCUUUAAACAGCAUAAGAACAGUUACCAGAGAGCUGCACUCAGAUGAAGGCUGGUCUGAUCACCAUCAUGGCCUUUUUGUCAAUCAAUGUGCUCAAGCUAGUACAAAACCAAUCUGAGAGAAUGGUAUAACCUCUGCAAUAACGUAGGUUUAUAUAAAGGAAUUGUCAGUGUUAAUUCAAUUUGACAAUCUUAAGAGGGACAAUCUCUUCUAAAAUAUUAGUUCAUUGGACAAUCUUUCUAUAUACUGAUUCAAAAAAUGAAACUCUAUUUAAAAACUAUUUAUUGAUAUGUAUUAAAUUCAUAUUUGACAAAGAAAUGUGUUCUAUGAUGUAUUUUAUAGAUGGAUAUAUAGAUGUGCGUUUUGUUGUAUAAAGGCUGGAGCGGUUGCUUGCAAAAUGUAAAUAGAAUUCAAGGACUGUGACACUGGAUAAAGUCAGUUGUGUGAAGUACAGGUUAGUGACGGUAACAAUAAUACGGGUAAAGUUAUUUCAGUUCAUUUGUUGCUGCAUCUCAGGUUUGUUUUUUAAUGCCAAACUGUUGUGGUGAAUAACUAGUAAGAUUGGAUGAAAUCAAUUGUUCUGCCAUCUCUUUUAUGCCGACUAUACUUGGAUAUGUCACCAGGAAAACAAUUCCUCACUGCCUUUCAUGUACAUAUUUCUUGAUUGUAGAGUUGUCUGUAGUCUCUAUUGGAUUUUUUCUUUUUAUAUUCCAUCUGCUGGUCUUGUAUGUAAAACAACAUUUAAUUUCUGCCAAACGUAUGUGCAGAUGAACAACACAAGUUCUGUUUCUGUACUAUCAGCCUUGAUGAUACUUUCAUUCCUGUUUCAAGCUCCUUGUACAUAUUUAUACUCGUUCCCAUAGAUUGAGUAAUGGAUGAACUGUUUAAAUACUUUUUAAAACAAUCACA